CCGAGUCCCUCUCUCUCGCUUGCCAUCUCACAUCAGAAAGCCUCUCUCUUUCUCUAUCUCGUCUCGCUGAGGAACCAAUGUCUUUGAGCAACGAGGAAGACGUUUCGAGCAACUUUGGAUGCAACAUAUGUCUUGAAAUGGCGAGAGAACCGAUCGUGACAUUAUGUGGUCAUUUGUUCUGCUGGCCUUGUCUGUACAGAUGGAUCCAUUUCCAUUCCCAAUCGAAUCACUGCCCUGUUUGUAAAGCUCCGGUCAAGGAAGACAGUUUGGUUCCUUUGUACGGAUCCGGGAAGCCAUCUUCUGACCCGAGAUCGAAUCCUGCUGCUAAAAUCCCGAAUCGACCAUCUGCACCUGCUGCACCUAGGCUUGAAACAGCUCGUCCUCGUCUCCGACAAAGACAUCAUCACGAGUCUAAUUUCUUUGGAGGGUUUGCUUCAGUUCCAGGUGGUGCACGGUUCGGUAACUUCUUGUUGUAGCAGGAAAGUACGUAUCUUGUUGAGUCUGAGUAGGCACGGUGCACUCCUGUUUUUCGAUAAUGUUUUUUAAAACUACACAUCG